AUGGGCGCUUUCGCGCCUCUGCGGGGUCUCGCUGCCCCGUGUCGGUGCGUGGCUUCCGCGCGGCCGCGCCCGCUGCGCGCGGCGGGGGCGGUGGGCGGCAGCGGCGCUGGGUCGGCAAACGAGGCCUCUGGCGCGUCGCGCAUGGGGAAGGGCGCCGAGGAGGACCCGGAGCGUCGCAAGAACGUCGCGCUGUACAGGAGCAUUGGGCCGCAGGGGUCGACCGGGACGUACCGGGGCGUUGAAGAGGAGCUGGGCACCAGAGCCUCUGGGCGGCCGCGCGUGAAGCCGGAGGUCCUGUCGCCGGCGGGCGGCUGGGAGCAGCUCCGUGCUGCGGUCGAGAACGGCUGCGACGCAGUCUACUUCGGAGUCGAGGGUCUCAACGCGCGUGCCAGAGCGGCCAACUUCACGCUCGACGAGCUCCCAGAGGUCAUGACAUACCUCCACGACCGCGGAGUCAAGGGCUACGCGACCAUGAACGUCCUCAUCUUCGAACACGAGCUCCCCACCGCGGAAAAGAAAGCCAAGGCGUUCGCCCGCGCCGGCGUCGACGCGGUCAUCGUCCAGGACGUUGGAGCCUGCGAGGUCCUCCGCCGCGCGGCCCCCUCGCUGCCGCUCCACGGGUCCACGCAGAUGUCGAUCACGUCAGGCGAGGGCGCCGAGUUUUCUCGUAGACUUGGCACGGACCGCAUCGUGGUCGGGCGGGAGCUCUCCGCGCGCGAGAUCGCGCAGGUGGCCGCGCGGACGGACGCGGAGAUCGAGGCGUUCGUGCACGGCGCGCUCUGCGUGUCGUAUUCGGGGCAGUGCUGGUCGUCGGAGUCGUGGGGGGGGCGGUCCGCCAACCGCGGGCAGUGCGCGCAGGCGUGCCGCAUGCCGUACGGGCUGAUCGUGGACGGGCGGCUGCGGGAGAUGGGGGACUUCAAGUACCUGCUGUCGCCGCAGGACCUGAUGGCGCUCGACCUCAUUCCCGAACUGAUCGAGGCGGGCGUGACGUCGCUGAAGAUCGAGGGCCGCCUCAAGGGCCCCGAGUACGUCGCCGUCGUCACGCGCGCCUACCGCGACGCCGUCGACGCCGCGUGGGCCGCCCUGAGCAGCGACGACGCCCCAGCGACCGUCGACGGCGCGGCGAUCGGCGCGGCGGUCAUCGACGAGCCGCGCAGGCUCGCGCUGCGCCAGGUCUUCGCGCGCGGGCAGGACGAGCACCACGACGGCCUGACGCAGGGCUUCCUGGGGGGAGUGAAGCACCAGACCCUCGUCGGCGGCGCCGGGGGGGGUGUCGUUUGGGUCGAGCUGCUUGGGACGGAGGUGAAGAAGGGCGACGGCGUGGUGUUCGACGUUGGGGAUCCGGAGCGGGAGGAGGCGGGCGGGGCGGUGUGUGGGCUGCGCACGCAGGGGGGCGCGCGCGUGGAGGCGUGCGGGGCGGGGCUGGUGGGGAUGGUGGUGGAGGGGGCGGGAGCGGCGCGGCUGAGCGAGGUCGAGCCUGGCGCCCUGGUGUGGCGCACCCGCGACACGGCGGUCGAGUCCGCGGCGCGCGCGAGCUUCGACGCCGUCUCCGACGCGGACCGCCGCCGCGCGCCCGUCGUCGCGGCCGUCGAGGGCCGCGUCGGCGAGCCCCUCACGCUGCGCCUCACGGACCCCGCAACGGGCGUCUCCGCGACCGCGGCAACCGCAUCGCCGCUUACCGCGGCGCAGAAGCGGCCGCUCGACCGCGACGCGAUCGCGGCCGCGCUGGGGCCGCGCCUCGGGGGCGGGCCGCUGCGGCUCGCGUCGCUCGACGUGUCGGGCCUCGACGACACCCCACCGGGGGUGUUCCUGCCCGUGGGGGAGGUGAAAGACGCGCGGCGCCGCGCAGUGGACGCGCUCGUCGAGCUGCGCAGGCACCACCCGCGCGCCGACGGCGUCCGGUCGAAGUCCGUCGUUCCCGGGCUCCUCUCCGACCUGCUCUCGGCGCCGCUGCCGCCAGUUGCCGCGGACGCGCCCCCGGCCGUCCGGAUCCUCUGCCGCACGCCGGAGCAGGUCGCGGCGGCGAUCGAGGUCCCGUGGCUCGACGAAAUCACGCUCGACUUCCUCGAGGCGCACGGGCUGGAGGAGUGGGUUCGCCGCGUACAGCGCGCAGGGAAGCGCGCGGUGGCGGCCGCGCCGCGCGUGCUGAAGCCCGGCGAGCAGCGGCUGUGCGACUUCUACCUCGGCCUCGGCGCGGACGCGCUGCUCGUGCGCAGCGCGGGCCUCCUGCAGCAGCUGCACGAGUACGGCGGCCCCGGCGCCCGCGUCACCCUCGCCGACGGCACCUCCGCCGAGGUCCCGCCGCUUCUCGGGGACUUCAGCCUCAACGCCGCCAACUCGGUCGCCGCCGCGCUCUUCCUGCGCGAGGGCCUCGAGCGCCUCGCGCCCACGCACGACCUCAACGCGCACCAGAUCGCCAACCUCGCGCGGUCGCUCCCCGCGGACCUGCGCGCCCGCAUCGAGGCCGUGUGUCACCAGCACCUCGCGAUAUUCCACACCGAGCACUGCGUGUUCUGCCGGUUCCUGUCCAGCGGCAACAGCUACCGGGACUGCGGGCACCCGUGCGAGCGGCACCACGUGCACCUCCGGGACGGGGCCGGGAAGGACCACCUAGUGCUGGCGGACAUGGGCUGCCGCAACACGGUGUUCGACGCGCAGGCGCAGUCAGGGGCGCGGCACCUCGCGGCGUGGGUCGCGGCCGGCAUUCGCAGCUUCCGCGUGGAGCUCGUCGACGAGGCCCCCGACGCCGUCGCCCCCAUCUUGGACGGCUACCGCGCUGUUCUGGAGGGGAGGAGGUCCGAGGAGGAGCUGAUGGCGGCGCUGUCGCGGCUGCAGGACCGCAACGGGCGCGCGCAGGGCGUGGGCGAAGGGUCGCUCGCGGUGCGCGCGGAGCGCGACCGCGCGACGCUGAAUCCGACGGCGGCGACGAAGCGCGCUGCGGCGCGCGCGUCGUGA